AAGUUUGUGACAUAUUCAAUUUUUGUGAAUUUUCGCAAAUAUACUUUUCAAUUUUUGCAUUUCCCAAAAUUCAAAGAGAAAACCUUUUAAAUUGAAGAAAAAUUAAAAAAAAAAAAAAAAAAUGUGCUCCAACGCUUCACAUGAACAUGAACACCAAAUAGAUCUAGGCUUUGCCGAAGAAUGUGAACCCAAUUUACUUCGAAAUGUAUAUUUUCCAAGUAAAAUCGGUGGCAAACCAGCUUGGUUAGAUCUGGAGAAAAUUCCAUCUACCGAUGAUUUGAAAUGCAAAAAAUGUGGUGCUCCACAAUCAUUUUUAUGUCAGAUCUAUGCACCAAUUGAAGAAAAACCCGAAUGCUUCCAUCGAACGAUUUAUAUUUUCAUUUGCCGAGAACCAAGUUGUUCAGCUCCCAAUUCAGCCGAAAACUUUUCAGCAUUUCGAUCUCAACUUCCACGCCAAAACCAAUUCUAUUCAGCAAUUCCACCCAAUGAAGAUGAGGAAUUGCCUGCUGUUGAACCAUCUUGCAGAAUUUGUUCUGUUUGUGGUUGUCGUGGCAAUUCGGUGUGUUCUCGAUGCAAAGGCAUAAACUAUUGCUCCGCCAAACACCAGCGGGCUCAUUGGCCCCAGCACAAAGUUCCUUGUCGAUCUGGGGACACAAUUCCCACUGAAAACAUCAAUAUCCCGACUGUUUCCUUUCCCGAAUUCGAAGUUGUCAUUGAGGCUGACACGAGUAUUGCCGACCAAUGUGACCAUUGCACUGACGACGAAGCCACUGAACAAAGUCGCUUAGAUGAAUUCCAAAAACUCGCAGACGAGGGUAAAACCGGAACUAUGGAUGAGAUUCCCGAGUCGGAGCUUAGUAAAUAUGCAACGGAAGAUGACGAAAACGCCGACAUCUCAUUCCGCCACUUUAAAGAGCAAGUAGCAAAGAAUCCAUCGCAAAUAUUGCGUUACGAUAUUGGUGGAGAGCCACUUUGGAUUGCUGACACAGCGAAAACCAUUGGCACAAAUAUUCAAAUCCCUCCUUGUCCAAAUUGCUCAGCUGCCCGUCACUUUGAGUUCCAAAUUAUGCCUCAGAUGCUUAAUUAUUUAAAGGACGACGUGAUUGAUUGGGGUGUUCUGGCAGUGUACUCGUGCAAGAAUAGUUGCCAGCCAUCCACUGAAUAUGUUCGAGAGUUUAUAAUCAAACAGGAUAUCAUUUCCGAGGAGAAUAAGUAAAUCAAUUAAAUGUUUUUUUUUGGUAUCAAUUUGUUCAGUUUAUUGCUUAAAAAAGAAAUAGAAAGAUAAAACACUCACUGGGUCUUGAGUGACAGACAAGUCGAGAGAGGAAGUUGUUGCACAAUUUUUGUUUUAGAAGAAGAUGAUGUAGGUAAUAAAUAUUUUUUGUUUUUGCUAAGUUUAUGUUCUUAGUUAAGUUUUAUAAUUGGAAAGUACCGAUGUUUGCUAAAAUCAAAGUCGGGCUGAGCUUUAGAAUGCUUUUGAUGACCCUUGGCAAGCACAUUCAUUACAACGAAGUUAACUUUGGCCACAUGAAUCAUGUCAAGGAUCUGUAGAUGAGAAAACAAAUAGUAAAUAAAUAAAUAGAAAAAACAAUAACAAAGAAUAUUAACUAAUUAAUAAAAUAGUACAGUGGUUGUUACUAAAAAAAUAAA